CAAAGUACCCCUUAUCAUCACCCUUCUCCUUUUCCCAUACAAGGAGAAAUGGAUGGUUAAUGGAAUCUUAAAGUGAACAUCAAGCACCCUUCUUUAGCAUUCCUACUCCCUUUCUUUCUUUUUCUAUUUCUCCAAUACAAAUUCACCCAACAAAAUUAUAUAUACACAUUUUGUGUUGGCUGAUUGUUAAAGGGUCAAUUUUCAGUCUAUAAAUGCCCAUCUGCUAAAGCAGGCAAACUUCCCUUUUUUUCAACUCAAAACUGUUGCUCUAAUUAAACUAUAUUCAUCAAACGAAAGAGAAGAGUUGAAUUUAAUAAGAACUUCUCCCUAUAAUUCUUCCUUGGUUUCCUUACCAGCUUUCAACCACGGAGUUUCCUAAUCAAGAACCGGAAGGCUCUUCCCAGAAAAAAAUGGGAAGAGGUAAAAUUGAGAUUAAGCGGAUCGCCAACACCACUAAUCGACAAGUCACCUUCUGCAAACGCCGCAAUGGACUGCUCAAAAAGGCCUAUGAAUUGUCUGUGCUUUGUGAUGCUGAGGUUGCUCUCAUAGUCUUCUCCAGCCGUGGCCGUCUCUAUGAAUAUGCUAACAACAGCGUGAGAGCAACAAUUGACAGAUACAAGAAAGCAUGUGCAGAUGCGUCAAACCCAGGAUCUGUUGCUGAAGCUAACACUCAGUUUUACCAGCAAGAAGCCACGAAACUCCGACGACAAAUUCGUGAUGUUCAGAACAUGAACAGGCAUAUCCUUGGUGAGUCUCUUGGCUCUUUGACCUCUAAGGAACUCAAGAAUCUGGAGGGAAGACUGGAGAAAGGAAUUAGUAGAAUCAGAUCCAAAAAGAACGAAUUACUAUUUGCAGAAAUCGAGUUCAUGCAAAAGAGGGAAGUUGAGCUGCAGAAUGAUAAUUUGUACCUGCGAGCAAAGAUAGCUGAAAAUGAAAGAGCACAACAACAAUCAACCCUGAUACAAGGGUCUGUCUACCAGACUGAGACUUCACAGCCCUAUAAUCGGAACUUUCUCCCUGUAAACCUCCUGGAACCCAGUCAUGAUUACUCCAACCAAGACCAAACGGCUCUCCAACUUGUAUAAGCUGAUAUACAAGUAGCAACUAACGUUCUACCAACUUCAUCUCUGCUUAAGCAUAUCAGCUUUGGAAGUAUAUAUAGUAUAUAAAUAGUUGAAAACUAGUUGCUCAUCAUGAAAGUGAACUUAGGUUUGCAGUACUGCACUCCUCUUAACUGUUUUAUUGCAGAAAGGAUUAUUCUUGUAUUAUGUGCUUCCAAAACACUUGAUAAGUAAUAUGGUUGAUUCAACUCAAAAACUAGAUUAAGUAAUGCUGGACAUAAAUCAAUCGCAAUCUUAGGUAGGUAACAAAAUUGUUAUGCUUGGUAAUUGCACAGCUCAAUGAACCAAUAUAAAUCAUGUUUGCCACAUUGAA